UUGGCGUGGACGGUGAAAAACGUGCUGGCAAAUCUUGUCUUAUCAAAAAAUUUGCCCAUGAUGAUUUUCAUAAGGGUGAAUAUAAAGAAACUUUGCGUGCGUAUGUCACAACCACGCACAUUCAGUUAGAGAAUUACACUAUUAAAGUAGAAUUCUUGGAAACUGGAUGGGAUCUCAGACCAAAUAAAAAUUAUUAUAGUUACAUUGAUGGUGCUGUGCUUGUUUACGAUAUUUCUCAAUCUGACAAUAAAACGAAAGUAAAAAAACUGUUAUCAGAUGAAGAUAAUAGCUACAUUAAUAGUAAAUUUCCUAUUAUGAUUAUUGCCAACAAAUAUGAUAAAUAUGAGAAUAAAAAUAAUAGUCUUAUAGAAGAAAAAAAUUACUUUGGAGAUGAAUUUCUAUUUAAUACAACUUCAUAUGAAGAGAAAACUAGUGCUAGUCUCAAUAAAAUAUUAAAAGAUUGCAUAUCUAGACUUUCUAAUUUUAAAGGCAAAUUUGAAAAAUCAAAAACCAAUGAUCUGAGCCAAUUGAUCCCUCCAAGUAACCAAUUUAAGUCCAUGAUGGAACAUGCAACACAACUCUAUUUGUGUGAGAUUCCAAAAAUUAUUUAUGAUAGACAACAAUUAGAAGUCUUGUGUGAUGGAAUAAAGGGAAUAAAAUCAUUUUUAUCAUUAGUACGUACUGUAUUUAUACGUGAAUAUUAG